GUUCUUUGACAGCCAUAUUAAACUGUUAUUACUAAACGGUGACCGACUUUUUUGUUGUUGGGAACUGUUGAAACAAGUUUCAGUCACCAUGAAUUUCUUAAAGGUCUAUCAGAAAUGCUUUCUUCGGGCGGGUUGUCGUGGCGAACAAUUAGGAAUACUGCAAAGCAGACUGCAACACAGCAACCCUCAGACACAGCAGCCUGCGGAGAAUUCCCGACUGGAAACCUCCAGCGCCAAGAAUAUGAUGGACGUCGGAACAAGGAGGAUCUACUCCGAGGAACAUGACAUGUACCGCAACACAGUUCGCCGCUUCUUCGAGGAAGAGGUCAUGCCCCAUCAUAAAGAGUGGGAGAAGGCGGGGCAGGUGAGUAGGGAGGUGUGGGAGAAGGCGGGGGAGUUCGGCCUCCUGGGGGUCUUCACACCUGAGGAGCACGGAGGGCUGGGAGGAGAUCUGCUGUCUGCGGCCGUGGUCUGGGAAGAACAGAUGUACUCCAACUGUUCGGGGCCUGGCUUCUCGCUGCAUUCGGACAUCGUGAUGCCGUACAUCAGUCACUAUGGCAGCGCCGCCCAGAUUGAGAAGUUCCUGCCCACCAUGACAGCAGGCAAAUGCAUCGGGGCCAUCGCCAUGACGGAGCCCGGAGCCGGCAGUGAUCUGCAGGGUGUGCGAACAUACGCCAAGAAGGAUGGCAGUGACUGGAUCCUGAAUGGAAACAAGGUGUUCAUCACUAACGGUUGGAUGAGUGACCUGGUGGUUGUCGUGGCGGUGACCAAUCGCGAGGCUCGGACGGCGGCCCACGGCAUCAGCCUCUUCCUGGUGGAGAACGGCAUGAAGGGCUUCCAGAAGGGACGCAAGCUGGAGAAGAUCGGACUCAAAGCACAGGACACUGCAGAGUUGUUCUUCGAGGACGUCCGGCUCCCAGCUGACGCCCUACUGGGGGAGGCCAACAGAGGAUUCUACUACCUCAUGAACGAACUGCCCCAGGAGCGUUUGCUGAUUGCCGUGAUGGCUCUGGCCAGUGCUGAGUUCAUGUUUGAGGAGACCAGGAACUACGUUAUGCAGAGGAAAGCCUUCGGGAAGACCAUCGCACACCUACAGACCGUCCAACACAAGCUAGCCGAGCUGAAGACUGACAUCUGUGUGGGCAGAUCCUUCAUAGACAACUGCCUGCAGUUACACGCCGAGAAACGCUUGGACUCCGCUACCGCAUCCAUGGCCAAAUACUGGGCGUCGGAGCUGCAGGGUAAAGUGGCCACUCAGUGUCUGCAGAUGCACGGAGGCUGGGGCUACAUGUGGGAAUACCCCAUCGCAAAGGCGUUUGUGGACUCCCGGGUGCAGCCCAUCUACGGAGGCACCAAUGAGAUCAUGAAAGAGCUGAUCGCCAGAACCAUCGUGGGACAGAAAUAGUUGGUCAAAGACGUUGGUACCAUAACCCUUUGCACUUCGCUGGUGCCUAUACUAAGAAGCUGGUUCAGGAGUAAACCAGGUGAAGUUAAGAGGUAAAUCAUCUAGAAGAGUCUGGAGUCCUCAUGAGGACUCUAGCCUCUUCUACUAGAUGAUUUCCAGGCUCUUCUAUUAGAUGAUUUACCUCUUUAACUUAACCUGGUUUACUCCUGAACCAGCUUCUUAGUAUAGGCAACUGGUGUCAGUCUGAUGUUAGUAUGUUGAUAUUGAUGUUUAUUUACAUAGUUGGUGAUUACAUUGUGCCUUUUUUUGUGAAUAUUGUAACACUGCGCUUACACAACGAUCAAACUUAUAAAACUGGCAUCGUUUGCCGUUAUUUUUGUCAUUUUACAGUUUUGUGUCAAAUCGUAAUGGGUUGGAAACAUGCCAUUAAGCCGUCCCAUAUCCAUUGUAAAUGAUUUCGAAAAAAUAAAGACAACUCAUUAUA